AAAUUAUCAAAAAAUUCCUCAAAACCCUAAUUUCUAGCCCACCAACAUUUUUCUCACAAUCUCCAUCGAUGACCACGACUGUUAAUGCCGCCGGUGACUCCUUCUUCCAUCUCGGCGACUUUGCCACCUCCGACUACUAACCUUUAGCCCUUCUUCUCCACCAUCAACUCCAUUUCCCACCGCCAACCACAUCUUUUCAUCAUUUUCAGUCAUAUCACUAUCAUCAACCUCAAACAACCUACCCUUCAACACGUACUUCAAUCAAUCGAGUCUCGCCUUAUCAUCUAACCCAAACAACGUAACCGAUUGUUUGAGCAAUCGGAGGUGGCGAAUGACUUCUUGCUUGGGGAGAUUGAGUUCGUUGAUCUUCGGCUCAUCGGUUAGGGCUUUGGAAGAUGAAGAAUUGACAGUGGUCUCUUUAUGAACUGAGCCAAUGAAGACAGGAACAUCUUCCUUGAAUCCAUAUGCAGCGUCAUACAUACCACUUUCAAGAAGAGGUUCAUCUGAUUCAAACAAUGACUGCUCAUUGACAGCAAAAGGUUAUAAGAGUGGCAAUGAGACUGACUGGUCAGGGCCUCAUUCUGAGGAUACAACACAGAACCAGCACCAAAGCAAAGCUUCUCAAAACUAUGUUGGACAUGGUACCCUGACUCUUGAGGAUUACACAUGGAAGGCAAACUCUGUCCAUGGCUCUUAUGGUUCAUCAUCACAAAAUACGAAAGAGAUGACAGAAAAACAGAUGAUGGAUGAAGAAUUUGACAUGGAUUUGGCAUAUCUUCAGAUGAUAUUUCCUGGUUUAUCUGAGGAGUCCCUUUCUGAUGUCUACGUGGCAAAUAAUGGAGACUUGGAAGCUGCGGUUGAUAUGUUGAACCAACUUGAGCUCUGCACAGGCGAUUCUUCUGAAAAUCUUCCGGACACUUUCGACAUUGAUUCCGUGUCAGAAUCCAGAUCUUCUGGUGAGUCAGCAUCUCUGAAACUCAAGAAUGUGGCAGGUGAAGUCUCUGGUUCCUCGUCUGGUUCCACAGAACCAGCCCUCAUCACCUAAUCGAAGCCGCAAAAAUUAAUAUUUUUGCUCUGCCCUUCCAAUUCUGUGGAUAUGAACUGUGAAGUUGGGGAAAUUUUUUUUUUUUUUUUUUUUUUUUGGGUGUCUUGGUUGCAAUUAGGUUGUAUACAGCUUUUAUUUUUGGAUGUAGCCCUUGGCUGCUUGAAGUUGUAAUCUUUCUCACUUCCUGGGUUGAUGUUUUUCGUCAGGUAGGUCAGAUUACAGUUUUUCCUGAACUGAACAAAGUCUUUGCUUGUUGAUACCAUCAAGCUUGAAUAUGCUGUGGUGUAAAGAUCAUGUAAUGAAUUACUGGCAUCAAUCAACUUACAUAUCAUACCUUGAUUUUGCAUAGCC